AUGAUUCGCUUCAGGUCUAGAAGUCGUCCCCAUACCCCCGACUCGUCCAUACUUUCGCCGGCCACUUCCUUGGCUAGCUCCAGCAAACACAAGCUCUCCAAGGAAGAGUUGGUAGCCUACUUGAAGAAAAAGAUAGCAGGGGCCAACAAGAACAUAAAAAAGGCAAAGAUAAAACUUUCCAAGUUUUCACAGAAGGGAAAGCCGCCUGAAUACUCGUUGGCAGUAAAAAGACACUCCAACGACUUUGCUGAUGAGAUCACCUAUGUCGAUAGAGUCGGAGACGUUUGUUUUGCAAACACAUACUCAACCAUCGAUUUGAAGUCAGCUCCUUCCUACGAGCUUGCCCAUACAGAGGCACCGUAUCACGUCACAGAUGAAAAGGUAACACUACCGGAUCAUCCACCCAACUUUGAAGAUAUCAAGAAUACUCCCGAGAACGGUGAUGCAGCUAUCUCUAAUAUGACUACGACUACCAAUACCAAUAAUACGGAUACUAAUAUCACCGCUAAUACUAAUACCAUUGCUAAUACUAAUACAAUCACUAAUACUAUUGUUGAUACUAAUGCCAUCACCCAUUCCAUGGUUAAUACUAAUGACCUUUCUAAAUCUACUGCCAAUAAUAUCAAGAAAGAAAUUCCUUCACCUGUGAUACAGCCUUACGACCACUACCGUUCUUAUAACAAGAAACCCAUCAGUAAACCGUAUCCUCUCAAGUACAAAUCGCAGUUGAACCAACUCAUGAACAGAAGAAGUCCAGCACCUGUCACGCCACUGCCCCCUUCCUUUGUAUCACUACACGAUUUCAUAGCAUACCAGAGCGACCAGUUCUGUCACUACCAUUUAGUGCAUAAGCACGACAACAUAUUCAAGUGUAAACGGUACGAGACCUUGGGAAUCGAGAUCUCCAAAUCAUCUGAUUUGGUGGUAAACAUUUCCUUUGCACUCAAGAUGACUUUCAUCUUGAUAUCUGCUAGCAUCCUCGUGCAAACUCUCGCAUUUAUCUUUAUGUAA